ACAAUGGAAUGGAAGAAUGGAAGAGAUAGAAAAACUCGAGAAAGAGAAGAGGAGAGCCGUCACCAUCUCCAAUUCUACCCCCAAGGGGUGAAAACUGUGUUUCUGCUUCGUUCCAGCCAAAGAUACAAACCCUCUGCCGUCUCGCGAAGCAAGUUUGGGUGUCCUUAACUUUCGUAAAGGAUAGAUAUUUAUUUAAUCCCUUUUCUCAUUCUUUUAACAAUUUUAAAGACCAAUACUUUAUGGUCAUAAUAAGGGAGACCGGUCGAUCCGAAUUCCAUGAGGAGUCCGGAACACCUCUGUUCCCAUUUUAUUGGACAAGGAACCCUCGAAAAAUAAAGGCUUAUUCGGUCCUCCUUUUAAACCCGACUGACCUAGAGGCUGUAAGGAUCAUCAACAACUUUCCCCGCCGCCUCUCUGCCCGCGACCUUGUUAAAUGCCUUGGCCAUGAGGAUUCUACCGAAGUGGCGUUCCGUAUGCAUCAUGUCGGUCGCAGCUCCCCGCAAAUCCAACUUCAUGGCUUUCAGAAAGGAGACAGGUGGUUCCUCAACCGUCGGUCGGGCACCUAGACCACCACCUCCCAAUAAGGGGAGUGCUUCUGCGUUGAUCCGUCCGUCUUCAUCAGGGGCGGCAACAACUGGGGUUGCUACGGCCGGUCAACCUACUACCCCCAUCGUUUUUCUUGAACAAUCAUCUAAGGCGGCCACCACUUCGGCUCUUCCCUUAGAGAGAAAGACGAAAGCCCACAAGGAGGGAGACAAGUCUUCCUCUAAGAAGAAUCGAAAGAAGGGGAGUUCCACCCGACCUCUUCUGGGCGAACAUUUUAGCACCGAGUUUAAUGUUAGUCACAAGACUAACUUUCACAUGAGCUCCCUUCAGCGGACGUUGGUGGAGCCGCUCUCCGAAGGCAAAGUGACUAAUGCCACAUUGGAGCUUACCACCCGGGUGUCUAUGAUGGCGUGGUACCUCCGGGACUUUGUGGAUUAGCGGGGUGCGAAGCAUGUGCUAGGGGAGCUUGCGGCCGAGAAGAAGAUCUCUGCUGAUCUCGGAACUGAAGUGGAGGCGCUUCGGAUUGCUCAUGGUGAUUGUGAGAAGAAGCAGGCCGACCUUCAGUCUAAACUUGAUGAUGUCAGGCUUCAAUUGAGCCAGUCCAUCGAAUUUUUGCGGGCCGCUCAGGCCAGGAACGAUCGCCUGGUCAAGGAGUGUGGCAAGUUGAAGGUGUCUGCCACGAAGCAGGUUGAGAAGGAACAAGAGUUGGUCGCGGAGAACGCAACCCUCCUUAAUAAACUCCAACAGGCCAAUGAAAAGAUCGCCUCUUUGAUUGCUUCGGUUGUGUUCGAGCACGAGGAAGGCUUUUUAACAAGGCCUUGCGCCAGGCAUCUCUCUUACUGGGAAUUGACGACCCGUACGUAAGGGGUUUUGACAUCGAGAAGGAUGUUAUCGAUGGGACGUUGGUGCAGCUCGCAUAGUCUUCUGGCGACGAAGAGAUUCCUACCGUGACUGCACAGCCGGUCAAGGAGGAUGAACCGGCCAGUGAGGAUGAUGAUGGUGCCGACGGGGAGUAUUUUCUACAUAUUUAGGAGAAUUUGGGAGGGGGAAUAUUUUGUUUGUUUUUUAAUCUUUUGCAGCUUGGUCAGGCAGAAAACAUAGGUUUUUUUUAGUUUUUUCUCCAACGACCGACUAACAUAGCUUGAUGUAUACCCUGAAAAUACUCUGAAUAUAAUGGCAUUUUAUUUUUGUGUUCU